CCUUUUAGACGGUUGGACGCGUCACCGAGGAAAUGGUGCCGGUCAGACUCAUUAAGGGUAAAUGCUGAAUGGCACUGCGGUCAGGCCAGCCUCCACUUGCGAAAUUGAAAUCAAGACAGCCGCCAGAACGAUUUUUGAUUCUCUGGAUUACGGUAAUGUGUCAUCUGCGAGUGACGUCACCACCUUCAAAAUAAAAUAGUUUUAACUAAUGCAUGGACGUCACACAAGUUUGUAUGUUAAAAUGGUUAUAAAAUAAUUUAUUUGCUGUCAGGAACCGUUGAAUUCACCCAAGGAAAAUGAAAACUCUCUCAGAAUAGCACCAAAUAUGUCUUAGACCUGGUCUGGUUGAGGGAUAACAAAAAUUCAGUUUGAAUGUUUUAUUUUUCAAAGCACGUCAAAUUGUAGUCAUUGAUGUAAAGUUAACACAGACUUUAUUUUCUAUGACAACUUCAGAACGCUUGGCGAGAGAGUUGUCAUUCUCCCCGAGUGAACGGAUCGUUGCCUGGCUGCUAAGAAAGUAUUUUAUCGCAUUAUUUUAAAACCAAACCACUGACGUGCAUGCAUAAAAUGGAUUACUUUUAUCUUGAAGGUGGCCAACGCCGCUUGCUGGCGGCAGAUUACCGUAAUGCACAGUAUUGCUUAUCGCUGUGGCGACUGCCUUGACUUCAAUUUCACGAGUUGAAUGGCCACCGAGACGAGACCCCUCUAAAUUGACACCCAGAAUUUGAACACGCUUUUUGUCCUUCUUGGCUCCGAGUGUGGCCAGCGAUGCCCGCCUGUGACCCAAUGGACUCUUCGCUUCUCCGGGGGAAACCAUAACCCGAACACCUGACUUUGACAUCGGGCGUCAUCACCGCUUCUAUUAAUAACCGGCUGAAGAAAUGACUGAGGAGCACAAGUACGGCAUGGCAGAAACAUUUGUUCUAGCCGGAUCGAACGGCCUCAAUGGGCAACUGUGGCACCCAGCGACCACUAACUCGCAGAAAGGAGAUCACAUCCCGGGUGCCAACCAUGUGUCCAGAAUGGCCCGCGUGGCCUCCGACGUCAAGCACACGUGCGCUGCUUACGUGUUGGCGCUCAGGCCGUGGAGUUUCAGUGCCUCGCUUACGCCGGUGGCCCUCGGCAGCGCGCUGGCGUAUAAGCUGGAGGGAUCAGUGGACUUGGUGGUCCUCAUGGUGUGCGCGGUGGCCGUGCUGGUAGUGCACGGUGCCGGCAACCUGGUCAACACCUACUACGACUUCUCCAAAGGCAUCGACCACAAGAAAAGCGAUGAUAGGACUCUGGUGGACGAGAUCCUGGCGCCCCAGGACGUUGUCAUGUUUGGAGCCUUGUUAUACUCUUUGGGGUGCUUGUGUGCCACAUUGCUCUUCUUCCUGUCUACCCUCAAACUAGAACAUCUCGCCCUGAUUUACUUUGGGGGCCUCUCCAGCUCUUUUUUGUACACCGGAGGGAUUGGUUUAAAGUACGUGGCCCUGGGAGACGUGGUCAUCCUCAUCACUUUCGGACCGCUGGCCGUCAUGUUCGCCCACGCCGUGCAGGUGGGCUACCUAUCGGUCCUGCCGCUUGUAUACGCCGUCCCACUGGCCCUCAACACGGAGGCCAUCCUCCAUAGCAACAACACCCGAGACAUGGACUCGGACAAGCAGGCGGGAAUUGUCACGCUGGCCAUCCUCAUCGGGCCCACGCUCUCCUACGUGCUCUACAACCUGCUGCUCUUCGUCCCCUACGUGCUCUUCUGCAUCCUGGCCACGCGCUACACCAUCAGCAUGGCGCUGCCCCUGCUCUCGCUGCCUAUGGCCUUCCCCCUGGAGAAGCAGUUCCGUAGCAGGUGCUACACCAAAAUCCCCCAGAAGACAGCCAAGUUGAACUUGCUCAUGGGACUGUUCUACGUUUUUGGCAUCAUCCUGGCACCUCGGGGCAGCCUGCCUUUACUAUGAUUCAUAUUCGGUUGACUUUGUGUACUUCACAUGCUUUAAUUUAUUGUCUAAAUUAUGUGUACUGUAGAAGUAGAGAGUUUCGCUUUUUCUCUCGGACACUGAAGACAGUGUAUCAGUUUUAAGGUCAACGCCGAGUUGCCAUAUUUCUUCAAACGCAGAUGCCCGAAAAUAACGAAACAAUAUUGACUUUGGUACUCCUUUCUUUGAACAUACUGUUAACUUCUACAGUGUGGUAUUCCUUUUGGGGGGUUUGCCAGCCAACAAUGUUUCUUUGCAUUGUAAUAAAAGUUGAUGACGCUUUAA